AUGGAGCGGGUGCUGCGGACGGCGGCGGGGAGCGCGGUGGUGGUGUUCAGCGCGAGCACGUGCUGCAUGUGCCACGCGGUGAAGCGGCUGUUCCGGAGCAUGGGGGUGAGCCCGGCCGUGCACGAGCUCGACCAGGACCCGCGCGGCGCCGAGCUCGAGUGGGCCCUCGCCCGCCUCCUCGGAUCCACCGCCGCAGCCGCCGCCGCCAACGGAGGGCCCCCGACCCUCCCCGUCGUCUUCAUCGGCGGCAAAUUGGUCGGCGCCAUGGACCGCGUCAUGGCCGCGCACAUCAACGGCUCCCUCGUCCCCCUCCUUAAAGAAGCUGGCGCACUCUGGCUCUGAAGUAGUGUGGUGUGUCCAACUAAUUAUCCAAACUAUCGCCCAUUCUGAUCUGACUGUCUAAUCUUACAAAAAAAAGAAAAAAAAAAAAUACUACACUGUCAGUGUCAGUAUCUGGUAAGUGGCAUGCUUUUUUAAAAAAAUAUUAAAAAUUAAGAUUACAACUACUUCGUGGUUGUAAAGAUAUAUUGGACAGUCGAAUCAAAAUGGUAUGUAGUUCUGGUGAUUAGUAUGACACAUUUUUACGGCCUUUAAUUUGUUUUUCUUUUUUUUUAAUAGGAAGAUAUAUAUAUAUAUAGCAACAAAAAAAAGAGCGAUAGAGAGAGAGAGAGAGGGAGAGAGGAGGGAUUUGUUUUUCCUAAUGGUACCUCCGUUUUGGGUUUCGCAUGCAAUGUGUGGGGUGUUUGGUGAGUUUUACUUUAGGGUUUUUAAGUUGGUGGGUUUAGAUAUAGGGAUGAGUGUGAAGCACUACCACCUUCAAGUUUGGAAUGGUUUGAAGUGUUUUAUUAUUAAUUUGCUUCUGCGUGUUGUGUGUGUGUGUGUGUGUGUGUCUCUGAGGUAGA